UCAGUUCAAAUUACAAAAGCUUGAGCUUGUACUGACAAUUCAAUGGCGGAGGAAGUGAUAUUGUUGGACUUUUGGCCGAGCCUAUUCGGGAUGAGGGCCAGGAUUGCCCUGAGAGAGAAGGGCGUGGAGUUCGAAUGGAGGGAGGAGGAUCUGAGCAACAAGAGCUUCCAACUCUUGAAGAUGAACCCGUUACACAAUCAAAUCCCUGUCCUCAUCCACAAUGGCAAGCCGGUUUGUGAGUCCCUCAUCAUGGUCCAGUACAUCAACGAGACCUGGGGUCGUGACUCAACAGAGUCUCGUCUCCUGCCUUCGGAUCCUUAUGAGCGUGCCUGUGCCAGGUUCUGGGCCGACUAUGUGGACAAGAAGUCGGUGGGGCGAAGGGUGUGGCUGUCGACGGGGGAGGCGCAGGAGGCGGCGAAGAAGGACAUCGAGUGCUUGAAGGUGUUUGAGGGAGAGCUCGGGGACAAGGCUUGCUUUGGCGGUGAGAGGUUUGGGUGUGUGGAUGUGUCGCUAAUACCAUUCUAUAGCUGGUUCUAUGCUUUGGAGACAUUCGCCAACUUCGGCAUGGUGGAGGAGUGCCCCAAGUUGGUGGCAUGGGCCAAGCGGUGCAUGCAGAGGGAGAGCGUGGCCAAGUCGUUGCCUGACCAAUACAAGCUCUAUGAAUUCCUCUUGGAGCUCAAGAAGAAGCUUCAGGCGCAAUAAACAACUCUCUGAGCCUGAUCAUUGCUCAUUUCACUACUCUUUCGUUUAA